GGACUUCCCGUGCCGUAUCUCCGCUGCGUGCACACUUGCAGCACCUCCGAGCAUUGUGCAGAGAUCAAAGACAGAUUCAGGGAGGUCACGUUGGGAAUAGGCAGGAGAAAGACUGAGGGGGAAUCUUUGUUAUCACGCACACCUCGGCAUAGCAGGGGAUGAGGCGAGCACGUCAAAGCCAGCUGGAGGAGGGCGAAAUGGAGAAGCGCUUAAAGCCCGGUCGGAGGCACCCGCGUUGUCUGUGAAGCAGAGUCUCUCUCCGCGUCCUGAUUUGUGUCUGACUGACGGCUCCUGUGUGAUAUUUGCCACGGUGCCGCCUCGACUGGCCACGCCACGCACACGGCGCCCGUUGCGUCGCAGUUCGGAGCAUGGCAAGGACAUCACAAGCGGUUAGGGAAGACAGUUCGCUCCCUCGGUUCGUUCAGAGAAUUGCAAAUUAAACCUGAAAGAUUCCAGAGGCGGCGCGAUGGUUUGACGUUUUCUUUCGUUCUUUUAGAAAGAAGCAGUCGCCUGUUUUUCCAAGGCGGGCGCCUGCGGGCUGAAGGUUUAGAGUUUAGAGAUGCCCGGCAGCAGGACACUUGAAGAGGACGGAGACGUCCAACGCGAGUGGACUGGACCUCCUUUUCUGACACAUUUUCGAAACACAAAUUUACAUUCCUCACAUUAGAGGAGGUGUGGCGCCGCGUGUCCCAGCUUCGGGUGGAACAUGGACGGAUGACUUUUGUGCGAAGAUUAAAAAAAGAGCGAGGCGAGAGUCAGCGCAACUUUAUCAAUGUCACACGUGAUCACAACAUACAUCGAGUAAUCCCCGUCGCCUUUAAGUAGUAGGCAUCACCUGCGCACUCGUGGAACUCGGGGCAGGUGCGCUCCAUGUUUCAUUUAGGACACACCGGUACCGUCGGUACCUGCGGGACUUAAACCACAGCUGGUUCUCGGAAACAGCUCGGGCUGUGGGCCAGUGAUGCCGGACCCAUUAGCGCUCAUAAAGAACCGGACAGAGCCACGGCUGGGGCAGCUAGAACGCACCCUGGCCACGGAAGGCAGCGACCGCCCCGCCUGGGUCAUAGCUAUCCUGGCCAGUGUUUUGAUCUUCACCACGGUAGUGGAUGUGCUGGGGAACCUGCUGGUGAUCAUCUCGGUGUUCAGGAACCGCAAGCUGAGGAACUCUGGUAACGUGUUUGUGGUGAGUCUGGCAUUUGCUGACCUUGUGGUAGCCUUCUACCCCUACCCCCUGGUUCUCUACGCGCUCUUCCAUGACGGAUGGGCACUGGGGAACACACAAUGCAUGGUCAGUGGUUUCCUUAUGGGGCUAAGUGUCAUCGGUUCCAUUUUCAACAUCACUGGGAUUGCAGUGAACAGAUACUGCUAUAUCUGUCACUCGUUCUCUUACAGCCGGCUGUACAGCUAUCGCAACACAUUGCUGUUUGUUGCCUUAAUUUGGCUGCUCACUGUGGUGGCCAUCGUCCCGAAUUUCUUCGUCGGUUCCCUGCGCUAUGACCCACGGGUUUACUCCUGCACCUUUGCCCAGAAUGUCAGCAGUUCCUACACGGUGGCGGUGGUGGUGAUUCACUUCCUGGUUCCCAUUGCAGUGGUUACCUUUUGUUAUCUACGCAUUUGGGUUCUCGUGAUUCAGGUGCGACGCAAAGUGAAGACUGAAGAGCCUCGCCUCAGACCCAGUGACUUGCGAAAUUUCCUCACCAUGUUCGUAGUGUUCGUGCUCUUUGCCAUCUGCUGGGCCCCACUCAACCUAAUAGGUUUGGCGGUGGCGAUAGAUCCGUCCCGCGUGGCUCCCCGCAUCCCCGAGUGGCUCUUUGUGGUCAGCUACUUCAUGGCCUACUUCAACAGCUGUCUGAACGCCAUCAUUUAUGGCUUGCUCAACAGGAAUUUCAGGAAUGAGUACAAGCGCAUUGUCACCUCCGUCUGGGUGACUCGGCUUUUCGUGACAGAGACUUCUCGAGCCGCCACGGACGGCAGGAGCAUGAGGAGCAAGCAGUCGCCGCCCCCGCCGCUCAACAACAACGAGUCGGUCAGGGAUCGCACAAACAAAGAAUGAGACGCGGAUCCUUGAGUCUGUUAAAUGGUAAUUCCUGUUCAUAUGUGACACUUAGGCAGUUGUGCAGCUAAAGAGUAUCAGGUAACAGGUGAAACUGAAAAACAUGGCUUUGUUUUCUAGUAGAUUCAAUAGGGAAAAUGAAGAAUCAAAAACUAAGAUUGUUUUUUUUUUUCAAAUUGUGAUGUGAAUCGACCGAGCAAACCCUUUAGAGAUGUUAUUAUAUCGUGAGAGAACUGAGCCAUGCGUCGCAGUUUCAUGAUGUUAUUACUCUAAUAACAAUCUGAAUGGUACACUAAUAUUACACUGAAAAUCUGAUGUCCUUCAAUGACUGCUGCUUGUGGACUGCGUAUUGCUCGAAACUGGGUAACCAUUGGUAAAACCGGUAGACACACACCUCACUUUAGUAACUUCUAAAGCCUCAAAUAGUACAAUUAGUACAACUCGCCUCACUUGAACGCUAGAUUAGUACAAGAGGAGCAAAGUCUGACGAUAAAAUAAGAGGUUUGCGUGACAGUGAAGCGGUCGGACUUUCACACUAAGCCUAAAUGCUGCAGUAGCACAUACUUAAUACUGCCUGGUCUGACCCUUCUGCACUGCAAACUACUAGUAACAGAAACUUAGUAAUAUAUCCAGAAUAUCACUGAUGGAUGACACAAAUCAAGACUGAACCAUGUCUUUGGUCCUAUUUUAGUUCCUUAAUGUCCCAGAGAAAACAUGCAUUUGAUGUAGCACGGGGAGGAAGCCUACGUCUACUAUUGCUGCUGCAUCUAUCAGUCUGCAUGUCACCCAUACUUCACUGUUGUUGCCAUUCGGUCCUUUCUUAAAAUAUAUAUAUAUUUUUUUUUGUACAGUCACUACAGUCUUAGAGAAAAUUAGUGAUGCAAAGUACAUUUACUGAUAUAGAGAGAGUGUCUUUGUAUUUUAUUUAACAUACUCACAAUCUAACCAGGUUAAAUGCUUCUUUACAUGUGCCAAAAAUUAUAAUCCAGUGAUAAAUUACACGAUAUGCGGCAUAAUUUUGAAACUUCAGGGUGGCAAUCUCAAACUGCAUAGUCAUUAGGUGACACCUGUAGUUAUAGGUGGUAAUAGCAAAUGUGUGAUUUAACACUACGUGUCAAAGAGGUCCGCGUGCAGCAAAGCAAACUAUUGUCUUAAAAAAAAAGAAGAAAAAUAAGACAUCGGGCAAUAAUUGGCUUCUUCCAUCCUCCUGUGAUGUAAUACUGGUGCUGCACGCGGCAUGAGUCUGCAGGGUGCUGUUAGAGGAGUUUGUUACCUCGCUGAGAAAUUAAGAGCGCAGCCAGUCGCCCGCAGCCGUUCGUCCAGCGGCUCGCUGUGGCUGCUGCUUCUUGUUCCAUUACUCGCUGAAAUAUCCGAGAGCAGCCUGCCGUCAAAAAUGGCCCCCGUCUUGUUUUGUAGAUGCGCUUUUUAUGAGUGUUAGCAGCACCAGCGAUGCUCACUGUAUUUCCUGUAAGUUUGUCGAAAUGAAAGUCAGCUUGUUUAGUUGUAUGCUAUCAUCUGAUGAAUAUUUAACAUUUCAUAGCAUAUAGCAUCCACAUAUGCGUUAAUACAGAUUAUAUAUAUAUAUAUGUUACAGAUUUUUAGCAGACGACAUUUUCAUGGUUGAAAGUCACAGUGUUUGCCUCAAGCUUCCCUCUGUUCCUGCCUCCAGCUAACAUCGUGACGUCACGGUGACACAGGCCACGAAGGGGUCUAUUAGUAUAAACUUAAUGCAGCAUGUUUUCUAUGGAUUGUCGCUACAGACCUCCAGUUCUUAAUAGUGCAUAAUAAAUAAUAACGCAAUACUUUCAUCACGUAGGCCAGAGGCUCAGUCACCGUUGCGUUACCUCAUAGCAGCUGAAAGUGACUCCAAAUCUUUGAGAUUGCCACUUUCAUCUUUCUGGCACUUUUACUUUAAUUACGGUUUUCGGGUACCGAUUCCACUGCACGUCAACACCCAUAGAGCAGAGCAUGAGAGAAACACGGGGCGAGGAGAAGUCCCUACACUGAUGUCAACAAAUUAGAACAAUCACAAUGCAAUAAGUCCAAUUUUACCAAACAGCCGAGUGCAGCAGCAUGGAUGAUUUUUUUUUUUUUUUAUGCACACUUUGCUAUGCAAUUCAAAACACAGUGGGCGUUACAAUCCAAGGCAUGGAACAUCAGCUGCACCUGAAAUUGAUAGCUAUUGAACAGCGCAUCCAUAUUUUAACAUGCUGUCAUUGUAUAUUAUUGAUUCGUAAUACGCAGAGCUGCUCUCCAGUCCACAUAGUUCCAAAUGGACUAAAGUACUUGUUCAGGAUAUUACCCCACCUUCUAUGUCAGGAAACCUCCCAGAAACCCAUAAAAAGACACGCAGCAAGCAAUAUAGACUGAACACAGGUUCCUCUGCCUCCUACAUCACAUGCUGUACUGUAUGUUAGUCUUAUGCAGUGACGACUAUUAUCUUCAUUCUGAAAUACUUAUGCAAAACUUAAGCUUUUCAUUUCACAGGUGAUUUAUCUUUGUUAAUAAAUGUACUUAUCUUAUUUUCUAACAUAAGAGAAAAAAAGAAACAAAAAAAAAAAAAAAACAAUUACCAGGGACUCAUUUUUGAUGCUUUCACUGUGGAAAUAAAACAAGCAGAGCACAUUCGGGUGGCUCACUCGGUUGCGUUGACAGAAGAGAGACAUCGCUCGCCUCUUAACUGAAACAGUGUAGAUUGUUGAGAAAGGUACAGCUCAUAUCUGUAUUCCCAUCUCAGGGUGCCUAGCGAAACAUGUUGUUGUGAUAUGCAGCAGUCCGAUACAGUUGCAGUUUACCAGCUGCCAUAUGAGGGAGCCUGAAGACAUUUCAAAGGGAUAUUUUGUAAAUUAUUGUCAGUGUGGUUUUUAACUGUGGUAUAUUGUAUACAGAUGUAUUCAAAAUGUAUUAUAAUAACCCCAUGCAAUCAGCUGGUCAUCACCGGAUGAUAUUCAAACUCCCUUCUCAUUAACUUCACUACAGUGGGAAAGUGCAUCUAAAACAGCCUCUAGCUCUAACUGGUGCUUACGUCGCAUCACUAUGACUUCACCCGUGUAUAGUGAUUGACACGGAUACCCUAACACAUGUAAACCUCGAAGUCACACUGUAAAUGUUCAAACGCUGAAAUUUGUGGUGCAGAAAGAGGUUUUGUUGUUGUUGAAAGAAUGGGAGUUUAAUAAAUAUUAACAACGCUCACCCAACGUCGGAGGUCUGAGAAGGUUGUUCGACCGUUAAGGAGGCAGAAGUGGUGGAGCAACGGAGGUGAUGAAAUGUGCCGAUGUCGCUGCGGCGCGGAAAAAAUGAACGAUGACACAUUUGGAGAGCGUUUUAGAUGCACUUGGAGAAAAGUGAAAACUUCAAUUUAAACCAAAGAAACGGAUAUAGGCGAAGGAGAUUUGGUGUAAAUACACUUUGUCAUGAUAUUGCUAGGGGGAAAAACUUUAAACCACCUUUGUUCCCUUAAGAUGUUUUUCCUUUCCUUUUGUUUUUUUUUGUUUUUUUUUUAAACUACUGCCUUACAGUUAAUACAAUUGUGUCAAACUCUAAAAUAUUACGGCAAGUGCCAUAGUUUCUCAUAAUAAUGAACCCAUUCAGCAAACCUGAUCCGCCUCCACACUGCUUCUUUCUUUAUGUAUUCAGGACGGUUGUCUAUAGAGGUUUUCUCCGCAGCACUUCACAUGAGUUUGGAAGCGGACCUCAGGCAGGAGACUCAAUCGCUGAACAAAUAUUAUCUCCUUUGUGUUUUCUUUCUACUUUCCCUAUGGCUAAAUUACGUAACUAUGUUCAUUUAUGUUCCCUGUGCUCAGCGUCUGCACCCUCACUUAGGGCCAUGCAGCCAAAUAUGACACUGCACUUGCUAGCAUGAAUGAUAGGUUCACUGCUCCUCGGUUUGAAUGUCAAACGUUAAAUGUCAAACUUAGUUUUAAUUGAAAAACUCGAUGCGUAAUUUUCCUCAUUCACACGAAGCCCUCUAAAUCAUGUGAUAAAUGUGUCGUUUGAGUCAUUGCGUUUGAAGUAUAAAAAUGACCACAAGACAACAUUGUUGUUGACUAUGCUAAGAGCUCCCCAUUCAAGAAAAAGAAGACUGCUGCUGAUUGAUCACGGGACCACGUUUCACAGCUGAGUUAAUGAGUCACAACUUGCGCGAUUGAAAAAAAAAAAAAAAACAGUGAACCAUUAAGUGUCAUUUGGAAAACGAAAAAAAUCAAUUUUCAAUUUACUUAAUAAUGGUAUGAAUGCGUCUCGGCCUCAGACAAUAAGCAACACAAGGACCGCUGGAAGCAGUGGAGGCUGUCACUCCAUUUUUCAUUGGAAGAUGAAAGCCGGGGUUUCUGUGUGCCGCUAAUCCUUUUGAGUGCUGUACUCACUGAGGUGACACGCUCCCUCUGUCCGCCUCGCAUUUCUGCAUUAUGUUCCCGGAGUCCCUCUGACGCCGCCCCCCCCCAAAUUACGCGCGCGCAGUAUUCACGCACGGCUGACAUCCUCCCGAGAGGAGAAAUCUUUGAUAAAUUUGACUUUUAUUUCCACCAGGGGACCCGCGUUUUUGGAGAAUUGGUAGCAUAAGAGCAGCUGCUGCUUUCCAUUUGAGAAGCGCUCGAUCACCACUGUAAACAGGGUUGCUUCAUUUUACUUCUUUAAACAGAUGGAGUGCUUAAUUACUGUCUGCCCCAUCACCGUUACAAGCUACUCCCAAAUCAUAGGGUGUGAUGAAGUCGGGAUUUCGCAAAAUUGAGUGAAUUAACACUCUAGGAUGAAGCAAGUUCACAGAGAAUGAUACACUAAUUAAGGGUUUUGCUCUUCGGGGUGUAGAGUCUACUCUAGCUUUUUACUUUUUACUAGUCACUGAACACUGCGCAGCAACAUGGGAAACUUUUAAGCUGACACAACCUUUGAGUUAUCUGAACACGAGCCCGCAUGGUAGCAUGGAACGGCACGGGCCAGACAAACUUUGUCUUUGCUCGUUUCUGCAGCCUGAAGGAUUUCAGACACAUGACUAACUCUGAAGCAUUACAGUUCAUGUCCCGAAUUGUGAUCUGGACGAACCCGCCGUCCAGCACGCAGCGUGCGUGUGUCAUUAAGAGAUUACAUAAUAGCAGGACAACACAAGCUGAGAGCUGAAGACAGAAAAGACUGCGACACUGAUUAAAGUGCGCACGAGGUACCCUUGACAAAAAAAACAACAAAAAUAAAACGCAAAUAAAACGAUAAGCCUCGGGAACAUAACUGAAUGCAAUUACAGUACAACGCCAUAAGAAAUACAGCGAGGGAACUUCACACACCGCACAAAAAAAAAGAAAAGAAAAGCAGUGGUGCAUGCGCCCCCUGUACAGAUUACAGACAAGAAACUAUUCCGCACUUUUUUUUCUUUUUUUUUUUUUAAACUGUGACAUAACAAGGCCAUUAAAACUUCUGCAAAGCACAAGUGUGUCUCAGCUGAUUAAUAUUAACAUCCAGUGGCCACUUUAUUGCGCGAAGCUCAUUAGACGCAGGUUGCAGGUUGUGUUUGGCUGCUGCCUGGGAUAUCUUGAGUCGUGGACUGAGUCAUAUGUUACACAGGACAUCCUGUUCACACAGACCUGAUGCUGUUACACGCGGUACAUCCGUACAAAGGAUUCAUAAACAGGGUUUGUAACUAACUAAAUGUGAAAACUGUGCGUGUCUUAAUGUCAGAAAUUGCUUUUGUGAAGAAAAAGAAGUAUUUGUAAUGCUUUACUACUUCCUUUUUUUUUUUUUUUUCUUCUUUGGUGUAAAGAGGCACCAGAAUACAACUGACUGAACUGAACUUGCAUUUCAGGCAUUUAGCCACUCGACUACUCGUGUCAUGAUAAUUGUCCCUUGUUCCAGAGGGUGUGUGAAUGUGCAUGCUUGUCUGAUGUUGUUUAUGGCCGAUGUUCAAUGACAACAAGUCACACAAGGCACGAGGCUGGGCCCGGAUGCCCGGGGGGGAUGACUGUCUGAGUAACCAAAGGGAAAUCUGUGGAAUGUAAUGAAAUUUCAACG